AUGGAUCAGUCGCACAUAAAAGCUCGACGCCUCGUUACUUAUGGCUCAUCUGCGCGACAACAACCCCCUGCGGAAGCGGCUGACGUGCGUAGUGAUCGCGCUGGCCCGGCGCGACUGUCGCGCACGUUGACCGGCGAACAGCCUAAGAACAAUCGUCAGCGCAAGCUUCCCAACUCAGAGAAAACACUUAAACCCAAUCUCUCAGUGAAAUCGCGCAAUUCUGGAGAAGACAGCAUCUACGAUCUGCCCUCCUCAGAUGAGGAGAAUUCGGGACGCGGAGCUCAGCGUAAGCGCCGGCGACAUGGUGGUGAGGCGGAUAAAAGUGCUGCAACUUCCCAUGUUCGCCUGUCUGGGCAAGCGCUCGUCGUUUCUGGGAGCUCAGGCCCAGAACCUAGAUCGAUCUCGACGGCCCCCGGGGAGGCGGAAUUCAAGUCGUCAAUCAAGACAACCCAACCUCGCGCAUUGCAAAACGGAUCACCCCGGGCAGAGUUGCAGUCUCGGGAGAGAAAGCUUCACCAGUCGCCAGUUCCGAAAGAUACCGGUCGAAGCCCACGAGUGCCCACCAGCGCCGCCACAACGACGACGACAGCAACAACAACAACAAAGAACAAAGACCCACGGCAAACGGUGCUUGGAACGGUGAACAAGACACUCAUUGCGGCAAAAACAAGGGAUGACGGGUGUGGGAGUGUGUACGCCAGUUCCAAAGGGGAGUCUCAGUCAUCGAAUUCACAGAAGCUGUCAAGGAAUUGUGGGAUGCCAAAAACCCCCACUCGCAAGAGACUGAUUGACACACUCGGCACACCAGAGCGAUCACUGGACGCCUCCUCAGUCACACCCAAUACCAGCCCGUCAUCCACGCCAUCGACGGCUCAAAGCGCUCGCAAUCUCAGCAAGGCACCGUCGCCAAUCCUGCGGCCGGACAUGACAUUGACGGACCAGGAACAGGACUCGACGAGGGCGGCGGCGCCACCACAUCUCACCGGUUCUAGGGUCACAUAUGCACGCCAGCGAUCGUUUUUGGAUGAUCUAGUCCUGUCAGCUGGUCUGUCAGGACAAGGGGACUCGGAGUCUGACAUAAUCUCGAAUUCGCAGCCACGAGAACUGGACUGCCUUCUCCCGCGCACGCGCCCAAUUGAAGUCGAGGAACUGAGCCAAGAAGAUGGAGCCGUGCGAAGUAUUCAUGAGCUCCGUCGGGCAGGAGGAAACGCGCGGUAUCGCGGUGCGAUUGAAUCCAUAUUCGAGGAUCUCGAGGAUUUCAGUCUCUCGGCGUCGGGCCGAUGCAGUGCUCUUAUCCAGCUAUGUGAGAAGAUGCUCGACGCAAAAUCAGCGCGUCAAUUUGCCGAGUGCAAUUUCGACAAGCGACUUGUUGAAAGCCUCUCGAGUGAGCUUGGGACAGUCUCAGCUGCGCUCGCGCUCUGUGUGUUCAGUCUCUCGUCUCUUGGAAGACCCAUCCCGCACAUUCUUGCAUCUGCGGCAUUACCGAGAUUGCUCGAAGUCUCCCCAAAGCUUUUACCCGUCCGCCAAGAUCUGGGGCUGGUCGCGCGUGAUCAAAAUGCCAACCUGUCCAAGUCUACACAAACAUCGGUACAUGAUCUUGCGCUCAAAGUCAAAACAACCUUGUUCCCUAGUGACUUGGUAUCGGUACUUUCCCCGUGCCUCUUGGCACUCCAUACCCUUAAUUUGACUCUCUCAGCGAUCCAGAGCAAGGGCGAGAUUCCGGAGGGUAUCUCCACGCCCACUCUUCAUGGGGUUGUGAACGUGUUGCUUUCGGAGAAGGAUUGUAUGCAAGACCAGGGUUCUCGCAGCCAAGAGGGCUAUCGAUCUUUGAGAUUGUCUCUGUCCAUUAUUGAGGCCUACAGCGUUCUCGACACUCAGAGCCAAGACGAUCAGCGUGACGUGCUCGGGGCCCUCGCCGACCUGCAUGAUCUCCUUCGAAUUGAGAAAAGUCCAAAUUCAGAAAAUCAUCAAGUACAAACGCUCUAUCUCCGGGUUCUUCUGAAUAUCACCAACAGCAACCCGGCACUCUGCGAUACAUUUGCGACCGCAAAUAUGAUUGACAAUUUGUCCGCGAUUGCGGUGACCCAGUUCGGCCACCUCACCGAAAACAGCCUUGCACAGGAUAAUGGUUCUCUUAACACCGUGAUUUUGGCCCUUGGUGCACUUAUCAACAUGGUGGAAAAAAGCGCUGCAUCGCGCAGGAUGUUUCUACGGUCAACCUCCGCGCCACAAUCAAUUCUUGAUCAAUUACUUCGACUCUUCUCGGCGCGUGUUGAUUCUAUCGCCAAGGUGAGGGUCCCUUUGGAUGUUUCACAUGCACUUUUGCGUACGAAUGCUGACUACAAUAUUCAUCAGGCUCACUCGGUUGUGGAGGUUCACCACAACGUUGCGGUGGGAUAUCUGGCCGUUCUGCUUCUAGCACUUUGUCUUGACGGAGAAGCGCGGUCACAAAUCCAAGAAUCACUCAAGCCGCAGGGACUCGCCAGCAUCAUGUCCACGGUCAAUGAGUUUUUGCAACACCAUCGGAGAAUUGAACAGGAAAUACAAUCGGCCUCGGUCAGGAAAGAAGCAAGUGGAUUUUUGGUCCGACUUCAGGAUCUGGUCAAUGAGGUUCAACGCAUCGAUAAUGAAUGA